GAUAUUAACCUCGAGAGAUAUCAACCCUGUCAUUAUUUGGCCAUGAUUGAUGUAUCAUAAUCAUCAUAUCUGGGAAUCCUCAAAGGUUUGUCUUUUAAAAAGAUUUUGCAUGUCACAAAGGGCUUCUCGAUCAUGGAUGCACUUGACACCAUUGUUAGCCUAAUUCAAUCUUGCGUCGCAUUAUAAAAAAUUGUCUGAUAAUCAUUUCUUAAGCUUUAAGGUACAUUUAAAUAUAUGCGGUCAGUUAUUCUAAAUUAUGCUUGAAUGAAUCCCCCAGCUUAAAGCCGUAAAAUCCUGAUUAUUGGUCAAUUAAUCUGUGUCACCACAGUCAGCUGUUCUCAAAGAUAGUAUAUUUGGAGGCAGGCAAACACUCUUCAACAUAUAUGCUUAAAACUUGGGCUUGUCUGAUGACGAUUUGGUCUUCAACGUUCAAUUUUGCAACGAUUGCUCUUUGAGAUGAGAAACAUGUCCAAACUAUUGUGUUUUCAUAGCACAAGGAAAGGAGAGGCCAAGGAAUCUUCAGAGGAAAGCGAAGAGACAGCUAUCCAAGAGAAGUACAAAUGGGUAACAGACAUUUCUCCAAAGCCGUCCGAUCUCUGGAUUCAGAAAGCGGUGACUCUGUUCAGUCGGUUUGAUCGAGAUGGGGAUGGUUACCUUAGUAGUAAAGACAUAACCAUCUACGUCAAUGCUUUUACUAAACACGGUUGUUUGACAAGGGAAAGAGCAAACCGGAUGCGGGACAAGACGCUCAGUUUCUGGAAGCUCCUGAACAAUGGUGCAAAAGAAGUGGCACUGGCUGAUUUUGUUAAGUCUAGGGUACCAUCUGGAAAAGAGAUUGAUAUGGAAAAGGUGAAGAAGAAUCUUGAAGAUGCCGCCACGUUGAUGUUUUACUCAAUAGAUGCAGAUGAAGACGGCACCUUGAGUCUGCAGGAACUGGUCCUGUUUUUCAAAUGCAUUGAUGUGAAAGAGUCCUUUGCGCGGGAAAUCUUCGCAACAUUGGAUCUUGAUAAAGACCGGAAGAUAAACAGAGGCGAAUUCUUAUUUGCUUUCAAUGACUACAUGCACAACGAAGAGGAGUCUCCAUGCAAAGAUCUCUUCGGGCCAUUGGCCACGAUUUAGGUGCUUCAUCAAAAGGUCACCAAAGAAACAAGAGGUUGACUUGAAAUUUGCUAUCAAAACUUGUUCAAGUUAAGUAGCAGCAUUGUUUUUAAAGAUGCCAUUCCAGGUAUCAAUUUGCAUCAGUAUUGUUCCGGUAAUAAUCCCAAACAGGAACCUGAAGAAUGAUUCGUCUUAACAAUCUUGUUUUGGGAUUCUUAAAUUUGGAUCCCACAACCUGAAAGAGCAUCAUGAAAUACCUCUAAAUGUUCAAGGACAGUUAAAUUUGUUAUAAGUUAUUAUAUUUCCCCCCACACCACUGUAACUUGGUCCCGAAGUUCUUGCAUCAAAUGUGAUCAAAAUCAGAACACACUUCGAAUAUUUUGGGAGGAUAUUUUAUGCUGUUCUUUCAGAAUUUGGUCAAAAUGUUAAAAUUCUAAAUUUAACUAUACGCCGAUGACAAAGAAUGCGAAAAUAAAUUACUAUCUUUGGCCGGAAUAAAGUAAAUUCAUCUAAAAAUUUGUUUUGUUUACUUAUGCCUUAAAAGAAGAGAAAUUUAUGACAAAAAUUGUUUAAAUACUGCUUUUCAUAGAUAUUUAUACAGCCCAUAAGCCAAUGUCUUUUUCCAUCAAUUUUUUUGGCAAAGUCAAUUAUACUUCUUACAACCCUAAUAGUUUCAUUACGAAGUAUUCAACAGUUUUUGGACUUCAGCAUUUACCUAUAGAAUUAUCUUGCUCAUUAGGUUCCAUUAUCUCAAACUUCAUCUUAUUUGAAAAAUGUAUUGGGACAUGAUUCAAAAUAUUUUUAUUAUCCAUGGAAAAGUGAUUGAGUUGUGUAGCUGUUACAGCUAUAUUACCACAUGUGACACAGACGUGAAAAAGGGGUAAAAUUUGAAAAGAUUAGAUUGUGGCAAGGCAUCCAAUAUGAUAUUCCCUAGAAAUUCCUUAAUGAUUCGCUUUAUGCAAAGGAUGCAGAUAAAGUCGUAAUAGUUUUAAAAUAUCAUUAAGUAUAAAGAACAUAAUUUUGUCGAGCCAGAUUUGAAAAGGUCUAAUGAGUUUCAUGGACUGCCUGAUAUUGCUCGAUAUUCCUUAUUAUCUCAUACACUAUCAAUUGAACAGAUUUGCUCGUAAAGGGAUGACACCCACACUUACCAGUGCCAAAUAAACUACAAUUUUUCUUUACGUUGCAGUCUAACACUUUCUGUCUUACACUGAAAUCGUCUAAGGGGUCAGCAGGCUGCAAAAGUGUUAAUUUGCCCAGUGCACAUUUUCUCGCCUGGAAUAUUGUCAUCCCUUGCCCUUUAUCUAGUAUUUCCUUUUCGAAGCAAUUAUAAAUCGAAGCAAUUUAUUAGUAUUAUAACUGUGAUUAAAACCUAUAAUCUAUACAAUACGAAUGUACUUUUACUGUUUUUCAUAAUAGAUUGUGAUUCAACUUCACUUCUA